UCGCCAUGUCGCUAAAAUUAAAUUUAAAAAGAAAGUGCGUGUUUACCGAUAAUUUGAAAACCAAAUAUCCUUUUCUUCGGAAAGUACAAGGAAACGAAUCGGACGUUUACUGUAGUUUUUGCAGUUCCAAGUUUUCCAUUGGACAUGGAGGUAAUGCAGACGUAAUCCAUCAUGUUGCAACGGCUAAACACAAAAGUGCCGUCACUUUAACAACUGCUAAUGUUUCCAUUACCAAAUUCUGUAAGUCCAGCAGAUUAGAUGAUUCGAACAAAAAAUUGGCAGCGGCUGAAGGGACAUGGGCAUAUCAUCUCUUGCAACAUAAUCACAGUUUUCGUAGUGGAGAUUGUACGUCAAAGCUGAUUAAGUCAAUGUUCGAGCCUAAGUAUUCAUCUGCUAGAACCAAAAGUGAAGCCAUAAUAUGUGCAGUUUUUGAACCGAUGGCCAUGGAAACUGUUCAAAAUAACUUAAAUGCAGUGAACUUUGUUACUGUGUGUUGUGACGCAUCCAAUCACAAGCACAUAAAGUUGAUGCCAAUAUUGGUUCGGUAUUUUUUGCCUAUGGAAGGUAUUCAACUUAAAUUGCUUGAUUUAAAGGAUUUACCUGGUGAGACAUCUGCAAUAAUCUGUACAAACGCUCAAUUGGAAAGAGUGUUUUCUCAUGUAAAUAACAUUUGGACUGUGGAUAAAACGCAACUCAAGGUAGCUACAUUAAAAUCUAUGAUUGAAACUUGA